AUGGAGAGGAUGCAACUCCACUCGGUGAUAGUGCAGUACUUUGACCGCGAGCUGAUGCGCAAUGUAACAGCGGCGGCGGCGUGCCUCGAGCUCACGCCAUCACGCGCAGCUUCAAGGACUGUAGCUCCCGUGGUGAAGUGUGAGAAGAAUGAAAUGACGGUGAAGCUGCUUGGACGCACUCUGAAGCACGUUUUAGUGUCUGAUACAACCACAGGAGCCCCAGUCACUACAACAUCCGUCCAUCCGUCCGUUCCUACCACUACGGUACCCGACACUACAACAUCAGAAGUGACCACUACGUCUCUUCCUACCACUACGGUACCCGACACUACAACAUCAGAAGUGACCACUACGUCCGUCCCUACCACUACGGUACCCGACACUACAACAUCAGAAGUGACCGCUACGUCUCUUCCUACCACUACGGUACCCGACACUACAACAUCAGAAGUGACCGCUACGUCUCUUCCUACCACUACGGUACCCGACACUACAACAUCAGAAGUGACCACUACGAGAAACAACAACAGUUGGACCCUCUACAGCAGAUGCUGGUACAAUAAGCCCAUCUACAUCUAUUGCCACAACCUCUGCCUCUUCAACAGCUCCAGCUGCUGUGUCAACAUCACAAUCUGCAACAUCUACAGACUCUCUUGA